GUUAUAGAUAUAUGUUAAUUGCGUGCCAUAAUUAAUGCUGACGUUUAAUUGAAAUGAUGUUGGUAUAAUAUGUAAUUUUUAUUUCUCAUUUUAGUUGAAUAGUAUUAUUUUUAUAUAUAAUUUAACUAUGUCAUUAUUUUUGCCUUGUAUAAAAUUAUGGUUUACAAUAUUAGUUUCAAUAAUUGGUAUUGUUAUCAUUCAGAGUAUAUUAGCCAGUUUUCCAAGGGUAAAUCAAAAUGUAUUGUCAUUUCAUAUAUUUCUUAAUAAUUGCCUUGGAUAUUGCUUAGUGUUGGUACCAGGUUAUUGGCUUUGCAAAUUCACUAGGUCAUAUGAUUUAGGAGAUGACAGUAAAGCAAAAAAAUUAUUGAAGUUCAUUUUUUAUGAACGUUCAAGUAAUCCAUCUGAUAAUUUCAAACAAGAUCUUAUUCAAGAUAUUCACAAUACUAACACUUUUAAAAAUGAUUUAUUUACUUUUAUUUAUUGUUUUGGUGGAUUGCAAGCAUCAUACUUAGUGUGGGGAGUACUUCAAGAAAAAAUGAUGUCAGAAUCUUAUGGCUCAAGUGAUAAUUCAAAAUUUGUUGAUGCUCAAAUGUUAGUAUUUUUAAAUAGAGGGCUUUCAACUAUAUUGUCUGCUAUAGUUUUAUUGAUGAAUGAAGGAAUUAGUUCUAAAAAUCCUCCACCAUUUUACAAAUACAGUUAUUGCACUUUGUCUAAUAUUAUAAGUUCAUGGUGUCAAUAUGAAGCACUUAAGUAUGUUAGUUUCCCAACUCAGGUAUUAGCUAAAACCUGUAAAAUUAUACCAGUUAUGAUAAUGGGGAAAUUAAUAUCUGGUAAGAAAUAUCAAUUCUAUGAGUAUAUUACAGCUUUCGGAAUUUGGAUGGGUAUGGCUAUUUUUCAGUAUUUUACUGCAAACAAACAUUCUGACGUAACAACUUGUGUAUCGGGAAUUAUUCUGUUGAUUGGGUAUUUAGUAUCAGAUAGCUUUACAGCAACUUGGCAAGGAAGAAUUUUUACACAAUAUUAUGUUACUCCUUUACAAAUGGUUUUUGCUACUUCUUUUUUAUCGUCCAUAUUAACAUCAAUUUCACUUUAUCAAACUGACUCAUUCAAAAAAACUUUUAUAUUUAUAACACAGCAUCCAGAAUUUUUAACAGAUUGUUUAAUGUUAUCUGUAAGUUCAGCAUGUGGUCAGUUAUUUAUUUUCAAAACAAUUUCAAAAUUUGGGCCUAUUGUUUUUACCAUAAUUAUGACUAUUAGACAGGGGCUUUCAAUAAUAAUAUCAUGUUUGAGAUAUCAUCACCCUAUUGGAUUCAUGGCUUCAAUCGGAAUAAUAUUUGUUUUUAUUUCAAUUUUUUUACGACUAUAUUGUAGUUUUCGUAUAAAAUCCAAAAAAGCAAUGAUCAGUUCAACUUAUAAAGUAUAAAUAAAUUAAAGAAAGAGUGGUAGAAUCGUUGCUCUUAAAUGUUAAUAGAGAUACAAUACCAAAGAACAUUUGAGUUCCUUGAAGAGCGAGUUGUAUACAACCAAGAAUGCUUUCUAAUCUGAAUAUUCUCUGUUGCCAUAGUAAGAAGUAUACAACUCCAAGUGCUGAAGGCACUGUAAGUACCAGUGAAAGGAAGACACAUAUGGCUUUGUCUGCUGCAUUUU